UCUAAACAAAAAAAGUUGUGAAUGGAUCGUAAUCUAUUUAUAAUAUUAGAGAAAAGACGAGUUAUAGUAGUUAAUCGAUGAACAGAAUAAGGAGGAGUUUUCGGAUGAUUAGGAUAUGGUGUCUCAGAUGGAUAUUGAGGAUUUUGAAUAGCGAUUGCAAACGAGUCAGUCUUUUGUGAGGGAGAAGCCUCCGCAACACAAUCAGAGGGCUCAAUCAGGCAUGACUCAAAUUGGGAAGCAACAACCGCAAAGUUUGAAGGAUCUGAAUGAGAAGAUGCAGUAAAAUCUAGCGAAAAAGCAAGCGAAUUAGCCGACGAGAGUCCAAGGGCAAUAGAGGUCGUAGUAGCAAUUUUCGUAAACUCAACAGGUGCAGAAAAAACAGGAGUAUGUGAAAACAAUUCAAAUAAUAUAGUAAGAGGAAAUCUGUGGAGCCGAGGGCGAACAACAAUCCUCGUCAGGUGUUGGAGUAGGCGCAGAGGGACAAUCAGGAUUUGCUGUAGAAGUUGGGGGCGAUGAGGAGACAGCUGCAAUCCUUGGAGGCGGAGAACGCAGAGUUGAAGUAGGAGAUUUAGAGGAAGGGUAAUUCGAGUGGGUUUCUGCCGAAGAUUGAGUAGGCAGCGAACUCGGAGUUGAAAUUGCUGAGGAUGGAGAAUGAGGAGUUGAAGAGGAUCGUCUAGAAAUAAAAUGUACGAAAGUGAAACAAUUUGUGUUAGGGUAGUGAUUCGGGGAAGAUGUUAUAGAUGUACGGGUUGUAGGUGGUGAAAUUGAAGUGUCGGAUCGAGGAGCUUACUUAGUAAUUGGAGAAGUAGUGAU